GCUCUAAUUUCUGUUACUCCUGAUGAGGAGACGUAUGAUGAAGAGGAUGCUGCCUUCUGCUUGGAGAUGCUUCUGCGGAUUGUGCUAGAGAAUAGGGACCGUGUGACCUGUGUCUGGCAAACUGUCAGAGACCAUCUCUAUCAUCUCUGUGUCCAUGCAAUGGAGUUCUGCUUCUUGGUGGAGAGGGCAGUGGUGGGGCUGCUGAGACUGGCCAUUCGGCUCCUUCGGCGGGAAGAAAUCAGCGUGCAGGUUCUCCUCUCAUUACGUAUCCUGCUCAUGAUGAAGCCAAAUGUGCUGUCCAGAGUUAGCCAUGAGGUUGCCUAUGGCCUCCAUGAGCUCCUGAAGACCAAUGCUGCCAACAUUCACUCUGGGGAUGACUGGUACACGCUCUUCACCCUCCUGGAGUGUAUUGGGUCUGGGGUGAAGCCACCAGCAGCCCUGCAGGUUACAGCAAGGGCAGAUAAUGACACAGGUGCUCAGUCAGACAGCGAGGUCUCCUCCUCCUAUCAUCCAAGUGACAUGAGCCUGGACCGUGGCUACACCUCUGAUUCAGAGGUGUACACAGACCAUGGGAAGCCAGGCAAGAUGCAUCGCUCAGUGACAGAUGUGGAUGUCAUGAACAGUGGCUGGCUAGUGGUGGGGAAAGAUGACAUCGACACCCCCAGAUCUGCUGCUGGGCUCAGCAGGCUGGGGCCAUCUCCUCUUGUGAACCAGUACAGCCUGACUGUGGGGCUGGAUUUGGGCCCACAUGACACAAAGUCUCUCAUGAAGUGUGUAGAGUCCCUGUCCUUCAUCGUGCGAGAUGCUGCCCACGUUACACCUGAGAACUUCGAGCUCUGUGUCAAAACCAUCCGCAUCUUUGUGGAGGCGAGCUUGAAUGGGGGCUACAAGUCCCAGGAAAAGAGAGGGAAGAGCCACAGGUAUGACAGUAAAUCCAGUCGGUUAAAAAAAAAGCCAAAGGAGAGCUCCACACGGAGAUCACGGGUCUUGAGCCAGCACCAGGCGCACACACACAGUGAUGAGGACGAGGAUGAGAGCAUCCCUGCCAGCUACCACACUGUGUCUUUACAGGUUAGUCAGGACCUCCUGGACCUCAUGCACACCUUGCAUACACGAGCGGCCACCAUCUACAGCUCCUGGGCAGAGGAGCAACGCCACCUAGAGACAGCAGGAAGGAAAAUAGAAGCAGAUUCCCGAACGCUGUGGUCCAACUGCUGGUGUCCUUUGCUACAGGGUAUUGCCUGGCUGUGCUGUGAUGCCCGACGCCAGGUGCGGAUGCAGGCACUCACUUACUUGCAGCGGGCCCUCCUGGUACAUGACCUGCAGGCUUUGGAUGCCCUGGAAUGGGAGUCUUGCUUCAACAAGGUGCUGUUCCCUCUGCUAACGAAGCUACUCGAGAACAUCAGCCCAGCUGACGUUGGUGGGAUGGAAGAAACUAGGAUGAGAGCCUCAACACUACUCUCCAAGGUGUUCCUACAGCAUCUCUCACCACUUCUCUCGCUGACUACCUUCGCUGCCCUGUGGCUGACAAUCCUGGACUUUAUGGACAAAUACAUGCAUGCUGGCUCUAGUGACUUACUGUUGGAGGCCAUCCCAGAGUCUCUGAAGAAUAUGCUGCUUGUAAUGGAUACAGCUGGGAUAUUCCACAGUGCUGACUCACGGACAGGAUACUCGGAUCUCUGGGAGAUCACCUGGGAGCGGAUUGACUGUUUCUUACCUAGGCUGCGGGAUGAGCUCUUCAAACAGACAGUCAUCCAAGAUCCUGUCCCCAGCAUACCAAUGGAGCAGCAGCAUCAGAAAUCAAUAGUGUCUGCCCUGCCCCUUUCCUCUGUGGGGGAUGUGAGACCAGCCACCCACCUGAGUCCUUUGGAGAAGCCCUGUGAACUGGGUGCCAGUGAGUCUGAGAGAGCCACUGUACCGGCCUCACCCACCAUCAGCACGUCUGCCUCUCCUUCUUUGCCAGCAUCAGCUCCAACAAAGACAAGCCCCGUUACAGACAUACCUCCUGCAACAGCACAGCCACCACUCAUCCUGCAGCCUCUUGCCUCUCCCCUGCAGGUUGGGGUGCCACCUAUGACUCUGCCAAUCAUUCUCAACCCAGCCCUAAUUGAAGCCACCUCUCCUGUUCCCCUCUUAGCUACUCCACGGCCCACUGACCCCAUGACAACCUCUGAAGUCAAUUAGUUUGAGGCUGUCUAAGAACUGUCUGCUGAGAAAACUGUGUGCGUGGAGGAUGCUGGCCAAAUGUUCUCUGGUAACAGGCAUGUUUGCUUUAGAAGGUGAUGCUAACCUGAGCAGAAGGGCUCCUGCCACAAUCCCGCUGGAGCACAUCGUGUUCUGCACCCUUCUUGUGGCAACCGCCUAGAAAUCCCUGUCUUCUUGGAGGGAUGCCUGGUUCCACGGACCAGUCUCCUUCCUGCCUUCACAAUCUCAGGGGCCAGGCAACGCCUGCACC